AUGGACAGGUCAGAUGAAACUAUCGCGAGGUCUGCCGGUCAAUGUAAAAAUGCUGAGUGUAGUAAAGCCCAUGGGAAAUGUGAUUUUAUCGAAUGUUCGGGAUCACAUCGAAGAGUGACUAAUCACACCCCAGGAGGCGGAGUCAAAAAGGACACUUGUGGGCGUGCAAUGCUGUUCCAGUAUUAUGAGAUCAAUAUUUGUUUCUCGCUCAUCGCACCCAGGUGGCAAAAAUCUAAAUCUCACAAUUUUCCAGCUGUUGCGUUUACAUGUGAUGGCGUUCCGCCUAUGCCUUUCACCCUGUUGUGCCCUGUCUUGCCAGAGAAUCCAGAGACAUCGUAA